AUGGCACCACCCGUAUCACAAAAGCGCAAAAUGCCACAACGAGUCACUCGUAACACCAAGAAACCAAAACCUGCACCUGCUCCACCUUCUUCGCGUGCCAAACAAUCCACUAAACCAACCACCAAACGAUCCACUAAUAGCAAACAACAGCCAGCUGAACCGAUUCGCCCAAACGCCACCUUGUUGACCUUGUCAGACAAAUCUGACAAUUCGGAUUCAUCAGAGGAAGACGACCAUGCAUGGGAGGAUCAAGAAGAAGAUCAAGAUGUAGAAGAUGUAGAUGGUCAAGACGAACCCGCUGCACGGCCACAAACACAGCCUCGUCUCCCUCAUCCAAAUGCUAGGCUCAAACACAAAAUCACACUCGAAAACUACAAGGAUCUCGAUUUGGAUAUUUACACUAUCAACAAACUCCUUUCAGCCUCUGGACGCAAAACUCGCAAUCGCAUCCCAUCUGAUAUCCAAAAUGAAUUGAAAAAUCUUCAAUUCAUGUACCGGCGGGCCAAGAAAAUGCUGGCAUUAGCUGCCAAAUGCAGCGAAAAGACAGUGAAUGAAUUCCUUGAGUAUCAGAACGAAACGAAACUUUUAUCAAAACUUUCUUAA